GGGCGGUGGGAGAAGUGGAGCAGCUCUAAAUCAUGCUCGUUAACACUGGGUCCAUCCGUGAAGAGGCCCAGUUUCGCGGCACCGCGAUUCGCGCCUGCGCGGACUGGUGGGGGAGCGGUCCUGUGACAGGCUGAGAACUACAUUUCCCAGCAUUCCUACUGUACCAGAACUACCUUGCCCGAAAGCCUGAGCGAAAUUCAGGCCGUCUUCCGCCGCUUCCCUCUCACCGGAAAACUGCGGGGACAUGAGGAGUGCCUGGGUUUGGCGACUUCUGCGCUCGAAAAGCAGCGCGGGCGAUUGGUUGUCAGCCCCCCACAGCCGUUUCUCGCCGCUCUUCCUGAGAGGUUUCUUGACCACCACAAACAAGGAAGGCUAUGACAGGCGGCCGGUGGACAUAACUCCUUUAGAACAAAGGAAGUUAACUUUUGAUACUCAUGCGUUGGUCCAGGACUUGGAAACUAAUGGAUUUGACAAAGCACAAGCAGAAACAAUUGUAUCAGCAUUAACCACGUUAUCAAAUGUCAGCCUGGAUACUAUAUAUAAGGAGAUGGUCACUCAAGCUCAACAGGUUCUAGCUCCCACCGCCAUUGCUGGAAGCCAGAUGACCAUACGGCCCAACCACUGGUGUCAGCUCCACCCCCAUCCUAAUUGGAUUCACUGCUCCUACUUCCCUGCCUGCCCCCCAGCAAAGGAAAUAACAGUACAACAGUUAAUGGCUCAUUUGGAUUCUAUCAGGAAAGAUAUGGUCAUCCUAGAAAAAAGUGAAUUUGCAAAUUUAAGAGCAGAGAAUGAGAAAAUGCAAAUUGAAUUGGACGAGGUUAAGCAACAACUAAUGCAUGAAACUAGUCGAAUCAGAGCAGAUAAUAAAUUGGACAUCAACCUUGAAAGGAGCAGAGUAACAGAUAUGUUUACAGAUCAAGAAAAGCAACUUAUGGAAGCAACCACAGAAUUUACCAGAAAGGAUACUCAAACCAAAAGUGUUAUUUCGGAGAUCAGCAAUAAAAUUGACACUGAAAUUGCUUCCUUAAAAACACUGAUGGAAUCUAACAAACUUGAGACAAUCCGUUACCUUGCAGCAUCAGUGUUUACUUGCCUGGCAAUAUCAUUGGGAUUUUAUAGAAUCUGGAAGUACUACUAACGCUCCUCUGCCGCUGCCAUCAACUUCUUUGAACACUAAGCCAGAAUAGAUUUUCUUUGAACAUUAUCACUUGUACCAGAAACUUA